UUAGUACAACAAAAUACAUAAGUCAAGGUAGAUCUGAGUUUGUUAAAAAUUAAAUCCAAAUAAAAUUAAUAUGUUGUGGGGACUGAGCCCGGCAUUGGAUUUGUACGAGGAGUACCUGAAGGCCUUUAAGAUCAAGGAUGAUCCGUUGCCGGAGGAAGGAGAUUCGAGCGAAAAAGUGGAAGGCGCAGGAGGAGAUGAUCAACAAAAAAGCAUAAACAUUCUCAUUUGCGGCGGAGCUGAUCCACGUCAUGUGAUUAAGACUCUGGCCAAGAGAUACACCCAUCGCAAUCAACCCAAACUCAACAUAUAUGUGCUGGAUGGCUGUUCCGAAAUUGCAGCCAGGAGUAUGCUGCUACUGGGAGUAGCCCUUGAGGAUCCCGAGUCCUUUAGCCUGGUGGGCAAGGUGCAUCUGUACAUGGACCUCUACGGAAAUGCUGUGAUCCGGCCCAGCUCACAUCACUAUAUGGCCGCCAAGGGGCGCACUCUGCUGCAAAUGGUCACCGAUGAUGAAAAACUGCAGCAACUGGCUCCCAUGCUGAAUAUUGAGGGACUAAAGUACAAAGAGCGCGAUGGUUUGGAGAUGGCCUUUAGUUUCUGGCAGCCAGAUCCUUGGAAUGUAUUUGAGAUGACCUCCUAUUGGCAGAGGCGAGUGAGGGCUCUCCUGGGCACACGGUACGAUCAUCGUCUUGGGCUCUUUGACUGGGAUAUAAGCAUGACCCUAUGGGGUCGUGGAGGACAGCAGAUCUGUUCGCAGGAGUACCGCUACUGGCGGGAUUCGGGCGUGGCUUUUGUUUUUCCGGAAUAUGAGCAGUGCAAGCCGAACAAAACUCUGGCGGCUGGAUUGGUGCGAGAUGGACGAACAUUCAUGCAUCGUGGUUAUGUGGGCGAUAUCCAGACGGGUCCGUAUUGUGGAUUCGGACUGCGCACCGCCGAGGAGCGGAUGCAUCACUCGGUGCAUGGGGAUAAUGAUUAUCGGUCUACUGACAUAACGGAGCGCAACCUCUUGGAAUUCUUCCAUGAGCUGCAGACCCAGACCCCCUACGAACAUGAUCCCACGCGUUCCCGGAAGUACGGAUCCGUUCGGCUGCUGAUGACGCCGUUACUCACCCACCAGGAAGAGGAUGCAUCGGGGCAGGCGUCCUACGAUAAACCCUGGAUCCAGGUGCCCGGAGUCACAGUGCACUAUGUGUCGCCCUUGGAAAUGGCCGAACUGCAGAAGGGCGCUGCUCGCUGGAAUAACAUGUUUGAUGUUGCCUUUGUGGCCUAUAACUACUACACUUUCCUGAGCAAGGACUUCUUCCAGGCACUGCGCACGCAAGCGCUUUUCGUGCAGGAGACCAAACAGAUGACCGUGGAGCGCAAGGCUAUUGUGGAGGAGUUUGAAGCCAAUGCCAAGGAGCUGAUGAAGCAGGCUGGCCUCAAGGCAGCCAUUAACUACCAGGCCAUUAAUGCCAAAAACAUGUGGCUCAAAUACAAGAAGACUGAUAAUGAUGACGGAGAAGAUGAGCUGGAGCUUGAGCCGGAAAGUGUUCCGGGUAUAGAUAACGAUGUAGAUGCUGACGAUGCUUCUGGAAAUGAUCGUAAUCUGAUUAUAGAAGAGAUUCCAUCUGAUUAUCAAACUGUAUCAGCGAUUAAAAGGGAAGUAGAGGCAGAAGAGUCAAUCCAACCAAAGUAACGCAUCUACCAUCUGAACUGAAAUAAAAUUACAAUUGAAUGAAUACAACAGGUAA